GGAAAAGAUGAGGGAUGGUCCCUGGAAAAGAUGAGAGAGGUGAGGGAUGGUCCCUGGAAAAGAUGAGAGGUGAGGGAUGGUCCCUGGAAAAGAUGAGGGAGUGAGGGAUGGUCCCUGGAAAAGAUGAGAGGGGUAAGGGAUGGUCCCUGGAAAAGAUGAGAGGUGAGGUAUGGUCCCUGGAAAAGAUGAGGGAUGGUCCCUGGAAAAGAUGAGAGAGGUGAGGGAUGGUCCCUGGAAAAGAUGAGAGAGGUAAGGGAUGGUCCCUGGAAAAGAUGAGAGAGGUGAGGGAUGGUCCCUGGAAAAUAGUCAUCAACCAGGUAGUUCUGAGGCAUGGUCCUAGGGCUCAGGUAUGUGGGUGUAUAUAUAUAUAUAUAUACACACACACACAACACCGCCCCCUUUGGUAGUUCUAUCUUGGCUGAAAAUUUUAUAGUUAGUGAUGGAGAUUUCAGGGUUUUCCUAAGCCAGGAUUCAGACACGGCUAAGACAUCCGGGUUGGCAUUGUGCUAAAGCAGUGAGUAAAACAAACUUAGGGAGGAGGCUUCUAAUGUUAACAUGCAUGAAAUCAAGGCUAUUAAGGUUACAGAAGUCAACAAAUGAGAGCACCUGGGGAAUAGAAGUGGAGCUAGGCACUGCAGGACCUGGAUUAACCUCUACAUCACCAGAAGAACAGAGGAGAAGUAGGAUAAGGGUACGGCUAAAUGCUAUACGAACUGGCCGUAUAGCACGUUCGGAACAGAGAGUAAAAAGAGCAGGUUUCUGGGCAUGAUAGCGUAGACUCAAGGCAUAGUGUACAGACAAAGGUAAGGUAGGAUGUGAGUACAUUGGAGGUAAACCUAGGCAUUGAGUAAUGAUGAGAGAGAUAUAGUCCCUAGAGACGUUUAAACCAGGUGAUGCCAUCGCAUAUGUAGGAGGUGGAACAACAUGGUUGGUUAAGGAAUAUUGAGCAGGCCAGAAGCUCUACAGUGAAAUAAGACAGUAAUCACUAACCAGGACAGUAAUGGACAAGGCAUAUACUAUACCGACAUCUAUGGAUAGCAUAAUUGUGUCUGUCAAACAGGUAGGCUUACCACUUGUUUUUUUGGAAUAGGACAAAAUAGGCUCCAAUUAUAUAUGUAAUUCAAUGAUUAUGCCCAUAACAAAAGUUGGUGCACAUGUGCACCUAUAGGAGGUCCCAGGCAGAAGGGAAUUUGACUUUAACCACUGCAUCGGAGAGUUACAUUGUUGCUAUCACUAUGCAGCCAGUUGCCUAUAGUAGGAAACAGAGUUUCUUACUAAUAAUAUGACACCCGUUAUCACACAUGGCACAACCCCACAAUUGUUACAAUAAAAUAACACUUUUAUAUUUUAACAAAUGUUUUUAAUAUUAGAGUAGAACUGUAAAAAAAAUUUUUUUUAAAAGUGAGAUAAUUGUAGCUUUAGAAACGAGUGCUUUAAUAAAUGCAUGGCGGGCCUCGUUUCACUGGAGCUGUGUAAAAUAAGCUUUAUGUCAAUGACCCAGCUUCAACGAAUUUAGUUUAUUUACAUAUCGAAUUUGAUUGACCAACAUCAGUUUCACCAUUUAUUUAUUUUGUCUGCGCCUAAAGUUGGCCUCUUUCCUCUUCUUUGGCGCUGCAUUGCAAGUCAGCGAUGUUUUCUCUCGUUAGCUGUCCAUGGUCCUGAAAUCAUAGCAUCUGAGAGAGAGAGAGAGGGGAGAGAGGAGAGAGGGGAGAGAGAGAGAGGGGAGAGAGAGAAAGAGUGAGAGAGCGAGAUUAGGAUGUAGUCUAUUUCAAUCUAAUAAAUAAAUAAAAAAGUAAUCAGGUGAUAGAUAAUUGAGUAAUUGAUAAUAUAAUAGAUAAUAGAUAAUUGAGUAAUCUUACAAAUGAAUGCGAGUGUAUGAUCAACGCUUACCUUCUAUUCAGACAAGUUGACUCGCCUGGCCUUCCAGGCAGCAAAAGCAUGCACUGCUUCUUGGAGGUUGAAUUUUGUAAGAAAACUUGUGCUCAAUUGAUAUGGUGAGUCUCUCUUGACUCAUAGUAGAGCGCAGGUAGUUUUUGAUGAGUUUGAGCUUGGAGAAUGUGCUCUCUCCACUGUCACCGGGAGUGGGAGAAGAACUCUCAGGGCAACAAAGGCAUUGGGAUACAAGGAGGCCAUAUGGUGUCUGGAUAUGUACUCGAGUGCGUCCAGUGGUUUUGCCUCACAGUCCAGUCUCUUGCUCAAGACUUUGAGCUCAUUACACAGAUCUUUUGCGUCGAUGUCCCUAGAAUCCCCAUAUGUCUCCAGUGUUGCGCAGUCCCUGGUAAGUGCUGCAGUGUCCAUGUCCUUGAUGGUGGGGAUGUUGUACAGGAUGGUAAAAACACUGCCGUGCUCUUCAAGCUGCGUAAAGCGUUCGUUGACGGACUGGAUAGCAGAAUCCAGAAUCUGAUUAAAGAAAACUACUUUGGAUUUCUGCUGAGGGUCAGUCACAGGCUCAUCCUCUCCCUCGUAGCCAAACAAAACAGAUUCCUUUUCUUCCUGGGACGGACCGUUGGCUGCCCUGGGAAACAGGGCUCAAUACCCAUCUCCUCUGCCAACUCUUCUGCGCUUGCUAAUGCGCCAGCGAAAGCUGCAUCGGAGCGGUAGUCUUGGCGGAAUACCCUGGUUGAGUUAUAUUGAGCCACUGCUAGUGAAAGGUUAAAACUCACUGCCUGCAAACUCUUACUGGUGAUGUUCACUUCGAACAAGAUGUCAUACCAAACGACCACUGCGCACAUGAAGCCCAAAGUUGUUCAUCUUGGCAGCAAUGCUGUUUGCCCCCAACCUUGUUUUAGCACCACAGCUGCCUGUGAGCUUGGCGUCGGUGGCGAUCGACAACAGGGCAUCAUAAAUCUCCCAGAAGUUGGCAACGCACGGGUUUCACAGCCUCCACCCGGCUCUCCCACCUCGAAACCUCCACCCGGCUCUCCCACCUCGAAACCUCCACCCGGCUCUCCCAUCUCGUGGUGAUGAGUGGUUUCACAGCCUCCACCCGGCUCUCCCAUCUCGUGGUGAUGAGUGGUUUCACAGCCUCCACCCGGCUCUCCCAUCUCGUGGUGAUGAGUGGUUUCACAGCCUCCACACGGCUCUCCCAUCUCGUGGUGAUGAGUGGUUUCACAGCCUCCACCCGGCUCUCCCAUCUCGUGGUGAUGAAUGGUUUCACAGCCUCCACACGGCUCUCCCAUCUCGUGGUGAUGAGUGGUUUCACAGCCUCCACACACGGCUCUCCCAUCUCGUGGUGAUGAGUGGUUUCACAGCCUCCGCACACGGCUCUCCCAUCUCGUGGUGAUGAGUGGUUUCACAGCCUCCACACACGGCUCUCCCAUCUCGUGGUGAUGAGUGGUUUCACAGCCUCCACACACGGCUCUCCCAUCUCGUGGUGAUGAGGGGUUUCACUGCGAGUCCAUCUUCUACGUGCUCUUUCAGCAAGGCCCCAGUGGUGUGUAGAUCCGCAUAAAAAUGUAUAAAUCUCUUGGAUGGUGUUAAAAAAAACUCAGCCGCCUCGAAGCAACACGAUGCUGCUUCAGAGAGAACCAGGUUCAGCGCUGCUUGGCACAAAAAAGGCCCUCGGAUUGAUAUCCUACACUCUCUUUUGAACUCUGCUGUGCCUCCCACGCAAAUUCACCCCGUUGUCAUAACCUUGCCCUCUCAUGUCCAUGAUGGCGAUGCCAUGUUUCAGUAGUUUUGAGAUGAGCAAAUCAGUCAUGAGGCUGUUCUGGACGACUGUGUGAUCACGCUCUCCGUAGCCGACAUGAGUAAGAUGCUAUCUACAACCUAAAAGGAUUAUUCUGCUGACCCCCCCCACACACACACACAACUGUAGCAUCUCGUUUACAUUUCUCACAUUUUAGGCGUCCAGUUGAGGCCAUGGAUUGAUCAUGUUGCAAUGAGAUGGGCACAGACCUUUUCAGUGUGGUGGCAAAUGAGUUGAACAGGAGAAGAGGAUGUGGUUGCUUGUGGAGGGAGAGCAGUGUGGGGGGGGUAGAACAUCUGCAGUGAAGCUGAUUGGUUGCUCUGACUCAUCACUUCUUGACUAAAAGAUAGAUUUAGAAAUUAGUUCGACUUUGACAUAGUUCAACAGCUGAAAAGCCUUCAUUAACAUACUCCCAGAGAUAGCAAGACAUUCAUUAUUCACUGAAUGAAGUGACCUACCCAUCUCCAUUUACAAUGUCAUUCAUCAAUUAAAUAACUUAAUAGUAUAGCACAUUCAAUGACAUCAUUAUUGUAGACUAUAGACCACUCCUGUAUCUACCUUGUACAAUACCGUAAUCAUUGAAUGAAGUAGCGUACCCAUCCACAUUUACCAUUUCAUCUAUCAAUUAGAUAAAUAAUACUAGCACAUAGUUACAUUAUUGUAGAUUAAGCUACUCCUGUAUCCACACUAUAUCAGGAUAGCGUUAUGAUUGCAUUGGUCUUGUCAGGCAUGAAUUUAGGUCUUCGAUCAAAGUCGUAUGUUGUACUACGUUUCCCUUCAGUAAAAAGUACUUAUGCAUCCCCCAUUCAAUUCAGUUCGAGUGUAAAAUGUGUAGGUCUAGUGACAGUGGAAAAAUAAACCCAUAGCUCCAGCACACAAUGGCAAGUAGGAGUAGUCUAUUACAAUGUCAAAUAUGUAUACGUAUAUCCUAUAGCAUCACAUAUGCAUCUUUUCAUUUACAAUUUAAUCCAUGAAAUAAACAAUACUAACAUAAAAUUACGUUAUUAUUAUACACUAUCCCACUCCCCUAUCGACACAGUAAAUAAUAUUACCUAGGUGCUUUCGACAAUACGUUAUCAACUCAUUAUCAACCAAAAGGAUUUCCCUUUUCGACACAGUAGGCCUAAAUAUUUCCUAACGAUAUCACAACUUAAAUAUAGCCUGCUUACUCCUCAAUCAGAUCAAGGACAUCUUGGUAAUUAUUUUCAUCGUCUCGAAGGAAACUAUCUGGGUCAUUAACUCACGUCUGCUGCUUGUAAAAAAUAAAAUAAAAAAUGACCGUCUGUGUCACCGCCGAGCUCUCAAAUACCAAGUCCAUCUCUCACUUGUAUGAACGGUCACUGCUAUCCGGAUUCCUUGGGACAUCCCUACCCUGAACCCUAAAUUAUAACCCUUAACACUAAACUUAACCAUUUUACAUACUUGAUAGAGGUAGGGACAUCCCAAGGGUCCCGAAUAGCACGGACCCGCUGGGAAGGCAUAUGAACUCCAUUCGACUGAACGCCACGGACACAACUCUUAUUGGUUGUCUGAUGUAGGCUACUGGGAACUGGUAACAACACAGUCUGUGAUUGGCUAACAACAUUUAGAUCUGUAUACAGUGAGAUAAGAUAACAUACCAUGAGGUGUUGAUGGAAAGACAGAUUACCUAUAGAUUGGACAUCAUCUUUUCUAGGCCAUUAGCGAUAACAGGAAAUUGGUAUGACGUCAUGGUAGUUACACGCAGACGUUAAUAUCGUGUCAUGUCAGUCAGACGUUCAAUGGUAGGCGACAGCCACACGGUAGUACGGUUGCCUAGGCUUAAUUCUGGCACUUAUCACCCCUCAUAUGGUUGAGACAGAGAGCUUUUGCUGCUGCAGGCAGCUCAGCUGAGUCAUGUCAGUGAGAGAGCAGCACGCGCUCACAUCAUGAAGUCAUGUGAGGUUCAACAACGAACAGAAGCACUAACUACAGUACACUAACCCCAUUCCAUACAAAUGUGCGCAACCACGACGUUCAAAGGAGGCUGCAAAGAAAACUAAUGGGACUGUAGCAACUGUGUUGACAUCAAUAUCUGGGGUGUGAACUAGGUUUCUAUUCAAAGAAAACUAAUGGGACUGUAACAACUGUGUUGACAUCAAAAUCUGGGGUGUGAACUAGGUUUCUAUUCAAAGAAAACUAAUGGGACUGUAGCAACUGUGUUGACAUCAAUAUCUGGGGUGUGAACUAGGUUUCUAUUCAAAGAAAACUAAUGGGACUGUAGCAACUGUGUUGACAUCAAAAUAUGGGGUGUGAACUAGGUUUCUAUUCAAGCUUUGAUUGACAUGGUAAUGGCUCUAUACAAUUGGAGAAAAGUUGAAAAAACGGACCCCUCCGACGCUGUACGUUACAUCGUGACGUGUCAUGGCGUAACGUACAGCACGCAUAAAGCAACUAAUUCUGUCUUACAGCCUCUCUCCACCAGGUGGAGCACUUCUCUCACCGAUUAAAAACAAGAAAGGGACAGGGUAAGGGACAGGGUAAGGGACAGCGAUGGGGACAGGGUAAGGGAUGGGGAAUGGGACAGGGUAAGGGACAGGAUAAGGGAUGGGGACAGGGUAAGGGACAGCGAUGGGGAAUGAGACAGGGACAGGGUAAGGGACAGGGACAGGGUAAUAGGGGGGGAUACCUAGUCAUUUUUUGCGUCAUCACUGCAAGCUAUCAUGACUCUCAAAAGCCGCUUGUUUACUUCUGAAGAUCACUUUAGCACCGCCCUCAAAACACGAUUCAAAUUCAACACAAACCUUCAAAUAGGUAUGUAAUGACACAUUAUAUAAACUCUUUAUAGUGUUUUAUUUACAUUUUAGAGGUUGUGACGUAGAAGUCCGUCACUGGCCGCGGGCAGCAUUUGGUUCUUUAACGCACACACAUAUUCAUCACUCCUCCCUGCGCCAUUAUACCAUAAGUUAACAAUGUGGGUCGACACACAAAUUAACUUCUGUCUUGGUGCAUGCAUUUCACACUUGUCAAUGUUCAUAUUUGAGAGAUACAAUAAUUAUUAUACUUAUCAAUGUUGUGGAUGAGCGCAUUGUUUGUUUGUUCUGUUCCUCUCUCUCCAUCUCUGUAGCUUCCUGGUAUGCUGGAAAAGGACCCGAGCUAAGGGAAUUGGGUUGGCUUUAUAGUGCCUGUCCCAAAUGGCUCAUUAAUGCAUAUGGGCAUAUUGAAAGAUAUUGUCAGUAGUGAUGUAAUGUUGUAAAUGUUAUGUUGUGAUAUUGUUUAAAACCGUGUUGCAAUGUAUAUCCUUUAGUAUGUUUAGUUCAUGGAAAAUGUAGGUUUGUAUUGUUAAUUGAUUAAUUAAUUAGGGUUAAUUGUUCUGAGGGGAGGGGCUAGCCCUACAAAAGGAGCCUCUCUUUCAGUCAUGGAGAGGCAUUUUGGAUUGAGCUGUGGAUGGGGCAGCAUUGUGUUUAAGCUGUCCCAUAAGGUAGACGUUGAUGGCAGUACUGUUGUUUUUUGUUCCGGAAUCACUUGUAAAUAAACACCUUUGCACAGAAGAACUUUUGCGGCUCCGCCAUCUUUUUAUUUUGAUAGAGGUUAGGUUAUCCAGUUUAGCCUUCUGGCCUACUCUACGUGAGAUAUGGUGGCAGUGGUGGGAUGGCGUACCGCAAAUCAGUGAAUUCCAACAAGAGAGGUAAAGGAAUGCGUACAGGAUUGCGUUCUCAGCAACAGCAUCAACUGUCAGAAAAGGUACCUGAAGUUGAACCGGGGUGGAGUACCAUGGAGUCGUCUGGUGAAGAAGAGGUCAAGUAUGAGAAACUAGGGGCCCGACCGCGGGGCCAAAGACAACCAGAACUGGGUGAGCUGCUGACUGAAGGAGCAGUUGGGGGACCAGAACCACACCCAACCAUGGUAACCCUUUUUCAGCAACUUUUCACCUGCCUUGAGAGGAGGGACGAAGACCUCAAGCAGGAGUUACGUGGCCUACGCCAAUCUAUCCUCACAGCUCCCCACCAGGUGGAACUCGUCAGUGAGAGCCCAAGAUUGGGUCUUCCAACACCAGGACGACAAAGGCUCGAUGCAGCAGGGACUUCAACUCCACAGCAGGCACCCCAAGCAGUAACCAGUCCAGCAGUGUUAACGUCCAUCUUCCAGCAUUCCUGAGGAAGGAGCCAAAGAUGCCCUCAUACCAGCAGGGGGAGGACAUUGAAAACUACCUGCUGAGGUUUGAGCGCAUGGCUAAGACGUGGCAGUGGCCUGAGGUAGAGUGGGCCUGCAGGCUUGUCCCAUUGCUCACGGGCAAGGCCUUAGAGGCUUACACAGCAAUGGAUGAGGGGCUGGCCAAUGUCUACAAGGGCUUGAAGGAAGCGCUGCUGGUGAAGUUUGACAUCUCACCGGAAACCUACCGUCAACGCUUCAGAGCUGCAUCAACGCCAUCGGGUGAGUCGCCGACAGAGACGUACCACCGCCUCAAGGGUCUCUACCGACGAUGGGUUCGACCGGGGGAGAAGACACAGGACGAAAUCGGGGAGGUCAUCAUCCUCGAGCAACUUCUACAAGUUCUACCACACGACAUUCGAACCUGGGUCCGAGAGCACGAGCCCAAGGACGGGCUUAUGGCGGCCAAGCUUGCACUGCAGUAUCUUAAUGCACGUAAAGGGGGCCCACCACAACCUGCAGCACCCGCUCCAAGGAUUCUCAGAGACACAAGGGACAUAAGAAACGCCAGAGAUGGUGGAGGUAACUCUGGGGGUUAUGUAUCUGGGAGGGAGGUAAGGGAUCAUGCAGUUCGCUCUGAUGGGAGGGGUCUGACCUGUUUUUACUGCCGGCAGCAGGGGCACAAAGCUUCAAUGUGUCCGCUACGUAAAUCCAAGCUCUCAGGUUACUGUUAUGUACCCAGAGAGGGGGAUGGUGUUCAGAGUAGACAGACUCGGGAAGGGUCAUGCUUGGUACCUGUAAAAGUGAAUGGUAAAAGUCUUACUGCAAUGAUUGACACCGGCAGUUCCCUGUCAUUGAUCAGAAAAGGUAAUGUACCUGUUAAUGACAUUGAUUAUGGUCAUCAGACACUGAUCCAAUGUGUCCAUGGUGACCAGUCACAGCAGCCCACAGCUGAGCUCACAGUUGAGAUUCAGGGUCAGAAAUACCUCCUCAAAGUUGGGGUAAUGGAGAAGCUACCUUUUGAGAUGAUUUUGGGGAGGGAUGUGCCUGUACUCUCUGAUCUGUUGGGAAGUGUGGGGGGUCAGCUAUAUGAGCAGUCAGUUUGCCAGUCUGAUGUUCAGAUGGCAUGUUCAGUUGUCACUCGUGCCCAGGCCAAAGCUGGUUUACAACCUCUGCCUGACUUGUGUGAUAGUCUGUGCGAGGGGGGAACCAAAGGGCCCAGAAAGUCACGCCGCCAGCGGCGUCUUGAGAAGUAUGUGGGAUCCCCUGUACCUGUUGCUGAUGUGUCUGGGUUAGAGGUGCAAUGGGAUGUUCCACAAAAUUUUGCCUCACUGCAGAAGUCUGACGCAACCUUGAAAUGUUUGUUUGACAAGGCCUUAGCUGGGGACAGUCAAUCUUCAUGUGGGGGGAUUUACACAGUAGACAACCACAUACUCUACCUUGGGUCAGAGGCAGAUAGCAGGAAGUUGGUGGUGCCAUCUACCUGUAGACCACUUGUUCUCAACCUUGCACAUACAGUUCCAUGGGCAGGCCAUCUAGGGCAACAUAAGACCUAUCUUAGGCUAGGCUCCCGUUUCUUUUGGCCCUCCAUGUAUACUGAUGUACAAAAAUACUGCAAAUCAUGCCCCACGUGCCAGAAAACCAGUGCUGUCCGUAGGUCUGAACGGGCUCCUCUAUGUUCACUGCCAGUUAUCUCUACCCCAUUCAAGAGAAUUGCAAUGGACAUUGUUGGACCCUUGGAGAAGAGUAGUGCAGGUUACAAGUAUAUAUUGGUGAUCUGUGACUAUGCCACCCGGUUCCCAGAAGCCUUCCCACUCCGUUCCAUAACCACUCCAAAAAUAAUCAGUGCUCUUGUUCAGCUCUUCUCUCGUGUAGGAAUCCCAGAUGAAAUCCUGACGGACCAAGGGACAAACUUCACCUCGCGACUGAUGGUUCAACUCCACCGACAGCUGGGCAUUAAAGGCUUGAGGACUACUCCCUACCAUCCCCAAACGGAUGGGCUCGUAGAGAGAUUCAAUCAAACGCUCAAGAACAUGCUGAGGAAGUUUGUGGCUGACACUGGUAAAGACUGGGAUAAGUGGUUACCCUUUCUGCUUUUUGCUUACAGGGAGGUGCCUCAGGCAUCGACAGGUUUCUCGCCAUUCGAACUCCUCUAUGGAUGGCCAGUGCAAGGACCACUGGACCUGCUGAAGAAGUGCUGGGAAGGUUCCCCAGUAGCUACCUCAGGACAGGGGAUUGUCCAGUAUGUCCUCCAGAUGCGAGACAGGUUGGAACGGUACCGAGAGGAAGCUAGAGCAAACCUUCAGCAAGCCCAGAAGGCCCAGAAGAGAGGCUAUGACCAGCACGCUCGCCACAGAGAGUUUGAGGCAGGACAGAAAGUCCUGCUCCUCCUUCCCUCGUCUACCAGCAAGCUCCUUGCGUAA